AUGCAAAUCUUUGAUCCACUGACCCCAGCCGAGGCUAUCCACAGAAUCAUCGCCCUCCAGCAGGAUGGAUCCUGCAAGUCAAUAUGGUAUUGCAUUGCGGCCUCUGCGUACGCAUCCGCCAACGCCGGCCCCCAAGUGACCGAAGUUUACAAAGUUGCGAUAGCGAAUACUACAUCCGCCGCAGAGCGGCGCCACAUUCUACAGCGCAUCCUGGAGACUCUCAUCAAAGGGACCAUGCUGUACGGCGUUCCCCGACUUCUCAACUCCUUCUACCCGCUUGUCAGUUACGUCGAGAAGGAAGGUCUUCUGGAAGGUACCUCUCCGGAGCCAGUCCUCGAUGUGCGCAAGAACAUGGCAAACCCAUUCGAUUUGCAAGAGCGGGGUCUGAAAUAUUUCCAGAAUAUCUACCGCGAUGACAUGGAUAAAAUAUUUGCCCCGAUGCACAAGUUCGCCCCGGAUAUUAAACAGCUAUCAGUUCUCCUUGAAUAUGGCCCGUACCUCUCGGAGACCUCCAUACUGAGCCCCAUCGAAACUUCCCAGAUCACAAUUGCAGCCCUUGUUGCAUUGGAUGUGCCGAUGCAGGUCAAAUGGCAUAUGAGAGGGCUGAUUCGGAACCAGGGCACUGCAGAUAUGGUGGAAUAUGCUCUCCAUAUAGCUGAGAUCGUCCGCGUUGCGGAAGGCGUUCAGUUGAAAAAUGGUCUGCCGGAUCUCCGUGCAAUCCAAGAAGAGACACUUUUCUGA